AUGAGAUAUCAAACUAACAAGUUCUUCACAGUUCCGAUGGCUGCUGAAAGAAAUCAAACUGAGCUCGGGUCACAAGAUCAUAUACCAAUCCCACAAGCACAAAAUUACACCGUUUUCAAUGAGAAACUUCCUUCGCCGAGCAAAGGAUUACUUAUUUCGAGAGUCUUACCGAGCACAUCCAAAGAUGGUAGAGGAUAUCACUUCUCAUGGGUUCUCGAAGAUGCAGGAUAUUCUGCUGAAGGAGGAAGCGGAAAAGAACGGAACGAGGUACCGCUGGGGAUGCCCAAACUCGACUCUGCCUGCUGA